AUGGGAUGGGCCGCUCCCGUCAUCAUCGGUGCAAAGAUCUUUAUGCAACGAUUGUGGUCGAUCCAAUGUCAGUGGGACGACGACAUUCCGGGUGAACAUUUCGACCACUGGGCAACUUAUCAUCACCAACUACCGCAUCUCGAGACGCUCAGUAUUCCGCGUUGGACGACGCACGGAUCUCAUACUCUGCACAGCGCACUCCAUGGCUUUUCCAAUGCCUCAACUAUGGCUUUCGCAGCCGUUGUUUACCUUCGCGUUGUUAAUGUCGACGGCUCAAUUAACAUCUCUCUUCUCAUCGCAAAAUCGAAAGUGGCUCCCCUCAAGACGAUAAGCGUUCCCCGAUUGGAAUUGUCGGCGGCGCUCCUUCUCGCUCGGUUAGUUAAUUAUGUGCGGUCCGCUCUUCAACUUCCGAGUAUCGAAUGUCACUGUUGGACCGACUCAACCAUCACACUCGCUUGGCUAAGUCAGUCUCCAUCUCGAUGGAAAAUUUUCGUUGCCAAUCGCGUUUCGAUCAUUCAGUCCUUGCUGCCUGAAGUUUCUUGGCGUCAUGUUCCAACGCAGGACAAUCCUGCCGAUUGUGCUUCUCGCGGUCUAGCUCCCCAUGCUCUCGCAAAUUAUAAUUUAUGGUGGUCAGGUCCUUCAUGGCUUUGCCAAUCUCCAGAAUCCUGGCCGACUUGCGAGCUCUCGAUACCAGCCGAGACCGCCCUUGAACAUCGUUCUCAACCACCUAUUCAUUCUUUACAUGUAACCCCUAGUUGGGAUCUCGCAUCACGUUAUUCUUCGUGGCCUCGAUUGCUCCGAAUUACCGCUUAUCUUUACCGUUUUCUUUAUCGACUCCGAUCCUCUAAAAGCGCAUCGUCUUCACAAGCGAUCCUCCAUCCCGAAGAGAUCCAGAAAGCCAAACAUUACUGGCUCCGAGUUAUGCAAUCCGAGAUGUUUUCCGUUGAAAUCUCGACUUUACAACGGCAACUUCCGUUACAAAAAACUAGUUCCUUAUCCACACUCAAUCCUUAUUUGGACGCUGACGGAUUUCUUCGCAUCAGAGGACGGCUCCGUCAUGCUUGCCUUUCAGAAACGACGAAGAAUCCGCUCGUAUUACGAGCACAUCCAUUGCUAGUUCUUAUUAUUCAGCAUCAUGAUCUCAGAACGUUACAUGCUGGUCCCCAAUUAACACUCGCUUCAUUACGUAAUGAAUUUUGGAUCCUCCGAUCUCGCGCUACCGUUCGUGCUGUUUUGUAUCAGUGCGUACAAUGCACUUGUGAGCGCGCUAAAAAACCUGUCGAACUCAUGGGCGAUCUACCGGAGGCGAGAGUUAACCGUGCCGCUCGCGCAUUUAUACAUACUGGCGUUGAUUACGCUGGACCAAUCACUGUCCGAACCGCGCCCGGCCGAGGACACAAAUCGCAAAAGGCUUACAUUGCGCUGUUCAUAUGUUUAACGACCAAGGCUAUGCAUUUAGAACUUGUUUCCGAUUACAGCUCGCCGACCUUUAUUGCAGCGUACCAGCGAUUUGUCUCCCGCCGAGGACUACCGCAGUCCAUGUACUCAGACAACGGUACAACAUUUCAUGGCGCUAAUCGAGAAUUAUCCGAAGCUCACGCGAAAGCAAUUCGCGAUCCAAGCUUUCGUAAUCGUCUCGCUAGCGAUGGAACCGCGUGGCAGUUCCUACCCCCGGCCGCACCACAUUUCGGCGGACUGUGGGAAGCCGGUGUCAAGAGCGUCAAAUACCACAUAAAGCGUUGCAUCGGCCUCCAUACAUUAACUUUUAAAGAAAUGACCACGUUUCUUUGUCGCAUUGAAGCUUGCUUAAACUCUCGUCCGAUCGCUCCCGUCUCCGAUAUGUAUCUAAGUGGUCACCCACACAGCAAAAUUGAUCCCGGGAUCAUCUUAAUAUUGUCCAAUUUCUGUCUCGGCAGGACAAGACGUCUUAUGACUGUCCAUAAGAGCUAUCAGUAA